CCCUCCCCGGUUCUCAUUCUCAAAUCUUAGUUCCCAUUAAAUUUUGAUAUAUAGUAACCUUUUUCCUUUUCCAAGGAACACCUCAAACUCAUAACCUCUCUCUCAAACACUACUACUAUCCCUUUUUCCAUGUUCCCUUCUUCCAUUACACAAACAAAUUCAUCGAAGCUGUAAUAAUAAGAAAUAACCUUGUCUUUUCAUUAUCAUUAAUUCUCUUAAACUCAAACCUUACGUUACGUUCCCUUUGUUGCUCAAUUUUUUUUUAAUUAUUCUUGAAGAGGAAGAGCAAUGAGAAAAGAAUUGAAAAAAUCCAAGUAUUCAUGGCCGAAAUUAGACGUGAGGAAUUGGCUUAAUACAAAGAUCAAUUCUGAAAAGUUUUCCUCAGACUUCUCUGUUAAAGACUAUGCAACAGAAAUGAGAAAGAGUUGCUCUGACCAUGACAGUUACAUCUUCGUACCAGAUCAUUUCUCAGGGUGGUUGAAGCAUUCUACAAAUGGCGUGAAACGUUCGGUACUUGGGGAGAAAAAAGCUCCUGCCAUCACUGAUGCUCUCAACCUUAGGAUGUUUGUGGGGACGUGGAAUGUUGGGGGAAAGUCACCAAGCGAAGGUUUGGACUUGAGGAAUUGGCUGACGUCUACUUCGCCAGCUGACAUAUAUGUUAUUGGGUUCCAAGAAAUUGUACCGCUAAAUGCAGGAAACGUGCUUGGGUCGAAAGAUAGUGGGCCAGCAGCGAAGUGGCUGGGCCUUAUUAAUGAAGCCCUGAACACCAACAACCAUGAAAGCCCAAUUCAUAAGCAACGCUAUAACUUAGUAGCAAGCAAACAAAUGGUUGGUAUCUUUUUGUGCGUGUGGGUACGCACAAAUUUUAGCAACCAUGUUAGUAAUUUAAAAGUGUCUCGCGUUGGCACAGGCAUCAUGGGCUAUCUUGGAAAUAAGGGUUCAAUAUCAAUUAGUAUGAGAUUGUACCAGACCACAUUUUGCUUCGUUUGCACACAUUUGGCAUCUGGAGAGAAAUAUGGUGAUGAGUUGCGAAGAAACUUGGACAUCUCGGAAAUAUUAAAGAGAACUAAAUUUUUUCGUUCGUCUAAAUCAAUUGGUCAUUCACUCUCUCCCGAAAGCAUACUAGAACAUGAUAAUAUUAUUUGGUUGGGGGAUUUAAAUUAUCGACUUGCCGCUGGUUACGAUGAUAUACAUGAGCUACUAAAAAAGAAUAAUUGGAAGGCAUUACUAGAGAAAGAUCAGCUAAGGAGGGAGCAAAAAGCUGGUCGAAUAUUUGAAGGUUGGAAUGAAGGGACCAUAUACUUUGCUCCUACUUAUAAAUACUUGACUAAUUCUGACCAAUAUGUUGCCCAAACAUGCAAAUCCAAGGAAAAACGACGCACUCCUGCUUGGUGCGAUAGAAUACUAUGGAAAGGGGAAGGACUAAAUCAGAUGUUAUAUGUUCGAGGAGAGUCAAAAUUCUCUGACCACAGGCCUGUGUAUUCACUAUUCUCAGCACAAGUGGACAUGAAUACAAGCAACAAUCUCACUCGCUCUUCUAGUACCACUGUCCCAAUAUCCUGUUCCUUAAAACCAUUCACAAAUUCUUCUGCUUCUUGUUGCCCUGCUAGAGUUCAGGCAGAAGAGCAGCUCAUGUUACUAGCCAGGACACAAAGUUGCAUACACACCAUUUCUAGAUUCUAGUAAUGAUGAAGUUUUCUAUUGUUGAUACAAUUAACAAGAAGCCUCGUCGCAGAUACGUGUGGCGCAGCAGCUGUAAGAACUAUUAGAUUUAGAAAGACUGUUUUCUGACUAAAUCUAAUAUUGCUUUACAUAACAGCUGUUGUAGAGGAUCCAAGGAGGGAUAUUUAAGAAGAAUGUUAUGGAAGUGGUAUAAAAAAAUGAUAAUUCAUUAUCCAUUUUUUGGGCAUAAUGGAUUUUUUUUUUUUGAGUUGAUUAUCAAUGUGGGAAGGACAGAAUCUGUGGUUCCCUCAUCACCAUGUUUAAUUAACGCUAAAGUUCUUGUAAUUUGGUAAGCUGUCAAUAUGUCACAAGGCACAACAGAUUUUGAGGUUGAGAAAUAGUAUAUACAGGGUGAUAAUAUUAUUAAUAACUGCAAGAAUUAUUAUAGAUUACUGUAAAAUAUUAUUGUAGCUAGAUAUAUGUUUAUUACUAGUAUCAGAUUGGUGAAUGACUUAUUCAAGAAUCACCAGUCACAUGCUGUGGAAGGUUCAUAUCUAUAUUUAUUUAUGGUUUCUCUUUUGUUAUUUA